AUGGGGAAGACGACGUGGUUCGACGUGGACGGGAUGAAGAAAGGAGAGUGGACGGCGGAGGAAGACCAGAUGCUCGUCGCUUACAUCAACGAGUACGGUCUCGGCGAGUGGCGUUCAUUGCCUGCGAGAGCCGGUCUGCAAAGAUGUGGAAAGAGUUGUAGAUUAAGGUGGCUGAAUUAUUUGAGACCUGGGAUUAAAAGAGGCAAGUUCACUCCUCGGGAGGAAGAAGACAUCAUCAAAUUUCAUUCUCUUCUUGGAAACAGGUGGGCAGCGAUAUCUAAGCAAAUGCCAAACCGAACAGACAAUGACAUAAAGAAUCAUUGGAACUCAUCUCUUAAGAAAAGACUAAUCAAAAAUGGAAUCGAUCCGAUGACGCAUAAGCCUAUCGUCGUCACCGUCGAAGCUACUUCCUCUUCGACGGCUUCGUCUCCGACACCGAGCCCUUCUUCUUCUUUCUCGGCCUCAGGCUCUGCACGUCUACUUAACAAGCUCGCUGCUGGAAUCUCCUCAAGAAAACAAGGACUCGACACGAUCAAGACUAUGAUAUUUUCGGAACCAAGCCAAGCCGUUGAAGAGAAUAUGGUUAUGAUCAAGGACAAAGAUCAUGAAGAAGAGGAAGUGACUGGUUGUUUCAUGGAGAUUGAUGAGAAGCUGAUGGGCACGACGUCGUUUGAUGAGAUGCCUUGUUACUCCACUCUUACUACGACGAAUGGCUUCGUGGAUUUCGAAGACUACUCAUCAGUCGAUCCGUACGAUCUGUACCAGUCUGAUUUUCAUCAUGAGACUGAACAGCUUGACCUGUUCCUCCUUUGA